ACAGAGCAGGGAGCUGAUAUUGGUGACCUGUGGGAGGGACUCCUCCAAUACAUAUCUAGUUUGUCAAUUUUUGGGUUGUUGGACCUCGCAUCCUGUGUGCACCAGAGCACAGGGAACACUUACCCUCAUGGCCAGCAACUCCAAAAAGAAGAAUAUGGAAAGUCAGUACAGAGUGCUUUUUACUCUUGGCCAAGGUUCCUUUGGCACUGUGAAACUGGCCUCGCACCUGAAAACCGAGGCGCUGGUUGCCAUAAAAACGGUAGAGAUUUGCAAGAAGAACAUCAGGGGGAUACAUGCCGAAAUAUCAGCAUUGGAGACACUGCACCAUCCCAACAUUAUCUGCCUCUACCAGGUACUGGUAACAUCAAGGCACGUUAACCUUAUCACCGAAUAUAUUCCGGGAGGAAGCUUGUAUGAAAUCAUAGAGGAGGAUGGCCCGAUGCAGGAGGAGGAGGCAAAGAAAAUAUUCGGGCAGGUAGUGUCAGCUGUAAAGUACUGCCACAGCCUGGAUCUUGUGCAUCAUGACAUCAAGCCGCAGAAUAUACUAAGGGAUGAGGACGGUAAUGUAAAGCUGAUAGACUUUGGUCUGGCCGUCACGUGCAGAUCUGGCACAUUACUGAAACGGCAGUGUGGGACCAAAAGCUGUUUCGCACCAGAGAUUGUACUAAGGGUGCCAUUUGAUGGGAAAAAAGCUGAUGUGUGGAGCCUGGGUGUGGUACUAUUUUUCAUUAACAUUGGGCACUACCCCUUCAGAGGAAACACCAUGAAGGAGAUGGACGAAAACAUCACAACAGGGACCUAUGACAUUCCAUCUCACGUCUCUGGGCAGCUGGAAAACUUAAUCCACCAAUUGCUCACAGUUGCCCCAGAGAUGAGGCCGUCCACUGAGAGAAUUGAAAACCAUCCCUGGGUGGUGAAGUGUGAGGUAGACAUCCCGACUGAGACCGAUCCAGAUUAUAACAUCAUAGACAGGCUCUGUGGCAUGGGAUUUGAUGCCAAUGAGAUUAUAGAAUCCCUGGACAAGAGAAAGUACAAUGAAUCCAUGGGGGCAUAUUUGAUUCUAAAAGCACAGGCAGACAAGGGGCAAGAGCAUGCAUUUACAACUUCAGUCGAGACUAUGGAUCGGUGCCCUACACCACCCCCUUCACCAGCUGACCCCUCUAUCUCUGGUCUUCCCUUAAAGAAAAGGACCAGUGAAUCCAACUUUAGUCUCCUCCACAUACAGCUCUCAGAAAUGCACGUGCCUGUUGCCCUGACACCAUCGGGACAGGACGUGGCCACAAGUGUCUCCAUGCUUCCAGUUGCUCUACAUUGUCCAGAGAAAAAGACCAGCAGCACUUCCACCUGUGCCCUCCAUAACGGAUCUGUGGCGGCCCCCAGUGUCUGCAACAACAUACUGGAGGAGGAAUUGCCUGUGCCACCUGAGCAACACUCUCAUAUACAAACAUCUCCUCCUAAGAAGCCUGGGUGCUUCAAGAGACUCACCAGGAAAAUCAGAGCAGGCCUAUCAAGACUCUGUUGCUUCCCCUGUGCUCAAAAGACAAAGACCCCGAAAACAUCCUCCAAAAAAGUGGCUCCCCUGAGAGAGGCAGGAGGCAGAACACAGUAAAGGCUUCUCCUCUACAGAUGAGGGUGCUGUGCUACAGAAGCUUGUGCCUGUGAAGCUGGGAAGGACAUGGAUCCCUGACUAUGAGCACAGUGGUUCCUUGUUGCUGAAGGUAACAUCUCAAGAUAACAGCACUGAAUAGAAACACAAAGUAAAAUUCUCCUACCUGAACAAGGUAUGCAGAAAAGAGGUGAGGCUGUCAGUGUCCAGAGGGAAUCCAACGUGAUGAUCUGGUACAUGCUGAGGGAUAAUGGUCAAUGCUGAGCAACCUCAAAGUCUCCCUGCAGUUCAGAAGGACACCAAGGCCUGAGCUCUGUGGUUGCUGUAUCAGUGUGGAGCAUCUGCCCAGAAUGGACACCAGCAUCUGUAGAUGAGGGAGAGAUUGAAUUCUCACACAUUUGUUCUGUAUACACAACCAGUAAAACAGCAACCAAUCCACUAAUGAGGUGUAUACACCGUGGUACAGAAUUCUCCACAGAGAUUCCAUGCAAAAGAACAGUGCCUCUUUGGUAGUCGCCCAAACCAUCAGAUAAACAGGCAAGAAGACCUCAGCCGAUAGCUUCAAUCCCUGUACCCCAAGAACAAGUAACAUGCAUAUUCAUAGAACUCAUGAGCUGGUCCUUGUUUCUCUUCCUUCUGUCAUUCCUAUCUCCUAUCAAGGUGAAAACAUUUCCUUCCCAUGCCCAGAAUUGAAUCUUGUUCCACAACUCAAGGAAUAUAGUUGAAGAGAGGAACUGAAAUUCUCUUUCCUCAUAUGUCUGUAAGGACAUGCAGAAUGGACAGCCUCUGGAAGAUCUGUCCCAGCUGCAGGAUGUCCUGGGCAGCUGUGCUGUCCUUAUCUACUGCAGAUGCACUGAAGCCAAUAGACUAUCCUCUGACCAGGCCAUUCUGCCCUUGACACUGAUGUGAUGAUUCCCAUACCUCCAUAUGAACACACCCAACCUGCCCCAACAGUGUGCUGCUCUCAGUAUUGGGACACUAAACACAGGAGGACUUGAGUCACCUUGUAAUGCUGCCAAAAACAAAAAACCUCAGGCCUUGAAGGAAUGGACCUUCAAGUUUUGAGAGCAGAGUAUGACUCCUGGAUCUGAGUCAACACCAACACCCAGGAAUCCAGAAGGUUUCUGUGGUGGAUGCGUAUAUCUACUGACAGAAAAUGGAAGCUUGAACACUUAAGUCCCUGCAGACUUCUUAACCUGCCCAGAACUCCCUGAUCAUCCAGUGUUCCAGGACUCUCCAAGUCUUAGGAAAGAGAAGACUACAGACAUUUGCAACUCUGAUCAUCUAUAACUGAGCUUACAAUGCUCAAACACAAAGAGUCUGUAGUGUCACCAUCUCCUGCAGAAGCACCUGUCCUGGUAGACUAUCCUCUAACCAGGAUACUCUACUCUUCAAAACGGUAUCAUGUGAUAUCCUCAUCUGAUAAUUUCUCUGUCUCCAUAAGACACACCCAGCCUGGCCUUACAAGGUGCUAUUGUCACUGAGGUGACAGUAAGGAAAGGAGAAAUUUGACAGUGAAAAGCUGCAUGCAAAAAUGACGGGAGGUCCAGCUGUACCUGGAAGCUACAUGGUGCAACCUUUGAUCGUCUCUUCAGACUUUCAUUGUAUGUUGGUGUCUCCCUAGUGACAGCCCUGUCACCAAAACAUAACAACCUCUUUCUGAAUAACCCUCAGCAUUGCCUCUCAAUCUAGAGACUUGACAAGCCUAAAGGAGGGCCUCUACAAAUCUGUCAGUGGAUGCCCCCAGAACACUGCACUGAAUUUUUUUUAGGAUUGUGCUCUACCUAUGGGGUGUCUGACAGAGCUGGAUUCCCAGUUCUUGCCAUGCAGUCUAUUCCUCACUUCCUCAUCUGUGCCUGCUCCAGUAAUCCUAUAGCACCAUGGAGGCCAUUGUUCCCUUCAGAGGCUGAACUUCAUUCUUAUCCACAAGGAGUUGGGGUGAAGAUUGGCUCUGAGAUGUCACCCCAGCUUAUAGAAUGUCUCAGUGAAGUGGUUUCAUCUGUGCUUCAGUCAGUUGCCAUUCUAUAAGGGUGGUGAUGUGCAAAGUCCUCACUAGGUGCGGGAUCCCAGGAUCAUUGGUGUGAUGGACAAGCUCUGUACAUGGAGCUGACACUCUGGCAGAAUCCAGGCAUUCAGGAACAUAAAGAUGGUGAGGCUGCUGAAUAUGGUCAGCUGGAAGGCCAAGGGCCUCGUUUCUGCCAAAUAGGAUGACACCAACAAUAAGUCAUUCGACCUCAUCAGCAUCAUCACAAGCAAAUGUAGUAUGGAGGACUGGUAAAAACAGCAUAGAUGUCUCCAGUGUCUGUUUGUCACCAUUAAGGGUGAUAUCCUUUUCCAGGUGUGGAACCCCUCCCUCCAAGAGAUGUUAGCCAAUGAUCAGCCUUUCAUUUUCCUUCUGCUAGCCUGCACUUCUUUGAGUAGGUCCAAUUCCGUGCUAGUAGAGUUUAUCUCAGCAUUUAUCAUCAUGAAAAAACUUCCAGUGAGCUCUGAGAAUUCAUUUUCCAGAAAAUUGGAUGUCCAUGGAUGAUAAUGACAUCUCUGGGCCCUCAAAAGCCAAUCAUGAUGGAGGGUAGAACUCUGUCAGUCAUUGGAGCAAUGAGUCUCUGCUGGGCAAGUUGAGCUGCUUCCAGGCAACUUUUAUCAAAAUGUAACAAGAUGAUCUUGACCCUUGACUCUUAAGUAAGUGUUCAAAAUGGUUCUUGUACACCCCAUUUGCACAACGGAGGUAAGAAGUCUACUGAAGUCUUUUGUGGCUUUUGGACCCUGCUAGUUUGUUUAGCAAUGUAGUGGUCUGGGAGGUCAUCUCUGAACAGUGGCGUAUCUGUAGUGUCUCACUAUGUCUUCAUAAUGCUCCCAUGUGACUGGGAAAUGGAGAGGACACAGACAUAUUAAAAUGAAAUCUUCUGCUGUAUGAAUUUGGGGCUAUGCCCAGUAGAGUGGGCACUCAUCAGAAGUAACAUUUGGACAUUUUUUUCAGCUAUGCAGGAAGAACCAUUUGGCUGUCACCCUCACUCCUGGAUGUGUUUAUAUAUGCAUCCCAGCCCCUGAGGUGUUGAGUCUCCAGGGGAAAACUUUCCGUGUGGUCACUGCAGUAGCUAUGUGUGGGUCUCUUUGCUUGCCUUCUGUACAUGGACAACACAGGUGAUGUUUUCUGUAACUGGGUAUAUGAUCCCUGAAGGUCAAGUUGUGUCUCUUUCCCCUCAGAGUACCCAGGCUCCUCACAUUCUCUGUGCUCACUUACCCCAUUCUUGAAGCUCUUUAACAUCUCCUCCUUAGUCAUUGAGUGACCUUGCAGUUCUCAUGAGAAUACCCCUGACUGGAUGUUUCCAUUCUUAGUCCCAUUGUAGGAAGGAGAACAAAGCCUGAAGAUGUCAUGCUGUUCACCAGUUCAGGCAGUGCAGGAGAAGAGCCUGCAACUAACACCAGAACCUCUGAGUGCUAGGACCCUGACACUUUCCACAGGGUUUCUAGGAUGCCUCUAGCUCUUGCAGGUCUCCUUGGCUAACACCUCAGAGAGAUUCUGAUUCUUCUGACAGGAGAGCUCCAACAAAAAGCUCAGAAUUCAGCCUCUUGACACUGAACAGAUUGUUCAAGAUGAUGAGCCCAGGCUUAGAAGAUGGACUCCAGCCAAGAAGCCUGGCCACUGUAAGGAUCAGCCACAUCUUUAGGAAAUGCAUGGAAAACAUCUAUGCAUCCCAGCGUGCAUAGAUGGAGAAAAGUGCAAAGACCAGAGUUUCAUGAGGCAUUCCAGGAUACAGAGAGCCUGACAGACUCAGGUCAGAGGUUACCUCUGCAUCCUAGGAGAGGAAGAAGGCCCCACUCCACAGAAGAAGCCUGUUGCUGAUGCUGUUGCAACUAGAACUAUGAAUGUGAGACUUGUGUCUCUGUGGACUCUGGGUUUGGGCAUCUUGUGCCCAGGUGUCCACAGUUGUCCUCUCAUACCUCAUUUGGUAGAACUUUGUAAGUCUUAACAUUGAGCGUGUCAUGUGCAUGAUGGUAUCCCAUGAGAUACAUAGGCUAAGAAAGAUUUAUAUCCCUUCAAGGGGAUGGAACUAAACUUUACUAACAGUUGACAUUAAAAGUGCUGUUCUGU